CCAGAUCCGCUCGGUAACUUUGUGAGUACAACUUUUUGGAGUCAACAGCGAUUAGGAGAGUGAGGGGGCGGAACCCUGCUGAGCCCCUGCGCUGAACGACAGCCAAUCGCUUCGUUCUCCUAACUGCCAGUCACCGAAAUCCGUCCAAUACCCGCAGUGCCAUUUCUAAACUGUAUUCCCCACUGUGUCCUCCAACUGUUGUAUGUUCUGCCAAUCGCUUGAGGACAGAGUGGGGAAAGGAGCAAGCAGAGUUAGAAGCCGGACAAAAGAACUCAUAGGGCCCUUAUGUACAUAUUUUCCUCAUGUUUUAGAGCGCAAAAACAGCUGCGGUGAGCGCGGAUGGACUUGUGUGUGUAAGUUAUGGAACCCCCUUUAAGCAAGAGGAACCCGGCGAUAAGAUUAGCGGAUUUGGCAUCAACUCAGCCCCUUCCUCAUCAGAAUAUGACAGGCUUCCCGGGGCUAGGGGGGCAUCACCCUCUCUCCCACCAUGCCCACCUCCACCCUGGGGAGCUGGGCAACGACCCCGGAGUGGCACUCACUCCAUUUGGACCCGAGCACAUGGCACAGACAAAUGCUCUCAAACUUAGCCCCACUCAGCACAUUCAGAGCCAUCCCGAAGCCCAGACCGCGGCAUCUUUCACUCCUGCUCAGGGUUUCCCCGUGGCUCACCCCCACUCAGGCUACUCAAGCAGCAGGGACUUCAUCCUCAGGAGAGAACUCUCAGCCUCUGCUAUGCAUGCACUUGGCGACCAGCAUAGUUCCGCCUCCUCCCCUCAUCACCAUGGCAUGUUCAUCUCCCCAACAGGUGCUUAUGGGCACACGGAGAGUGGGGCCCAUUCACUUUUCACUGGACUUCACGAGCAGGCGUCCCCAGGUGGCCACCACCAUGCCCUCAAUGGGCAGAUGCGCCUGGGCAUCCCGGGGGACGUGUACGGCCGGCCGGAGCACUUCGGCCACAGGCCGGAGCACUACGGAGCGUCCUCCCUGCACAGCUAUAACACCAUGAACCUCAACAUGAACAUCGCCGCUGCCGCCGCAGCUCCUCACGGAGCGGCGGGGGCGUUUCUGAGAUACAUGCGGCAGCCCAUCAAGCAGGAGCUCAUCUGCAAGUGGAUCGACCAGGAUCAGAACCAGAAGAAGCCCUGCUCCAAGACCUACAGCACCAUGCACGAACUGGUCAACCACGUCACGGUGGAGCACGUCGGCGGACCCGAGCAGAGCACGCACGUCUGCUUCUGGGAGGAAUGUCCGCGGGAGGGGAAGGCUUUCAAGGCAAAGUACAAACUGAUAAACCACAUCCGAGUUCACACCGGGGAGAAACCCUUCCCGUGUCCGUUCCCAGGAUGCGGGAAAGUGUUCGCCAGGUCAGAAAACCUCAAGAUCCACAAGAGAACUCACACAGGAGAGAAGCCCUUCAAGUGCGAGUUCGACGGCUGCGACCGAAAAUUCGCCAACAGCAGCGACCGGAAGAAGCACUCUCACGUGCACACCAGCGACAAGCCCUACUACUGCAAAGUGCGCGGCUGCGACAAGUCCUACACGCACCCGAGCUCGCUGCGGAAACACAUGAAAGUGCACUGCAAAUCCCCGCCUCCGCCCCCCUCCACCAAUGUCGCCUACAUCUCCUCCACGAACCCCCUGGUGGCGGACCAUAAUCCUUCGCCGGGCUCCGAGGCGCACCGGAACCGCUCGGCGAACCUCUCCCCCCAGGUCACCAACCUCAACGAGUGGUACGUGUGCCAGGGGAGCGGGGGACCCAACCACCUCCACACCCCCUCCAGCGACGUGCCGACGUCGGAUUCGGACGAAGAGGACUCUUUCAGAGGUUCAGACCCGAGGACGAUGCUUUGAUAGCUUGUUUACAACCUGAACCCAGACUGUCCAACUCGCCAUUGAGUUGACCCAUUUAUAGAUGUUGGCUUCCAGAACCGUCAAAAUGCAGAAAAACGGGUGCAGAGCAGGCUCACUCAUAAAAGGAGAUAUCACUGAUGUGACCCCCUGACCUUAUAUAUAUAUAUAUAUAUAUAUAUAUAUAUAUAUAUAUAUAUAUAUAUAUAUAUAUAUAUAUAUAUGUGUGUGUGUAAAAUAAUAGUAAAAUAAGCCAUUUGAACCUUAAAUAAGACUUUAUAUUCAAAGGAUGCUGAUUAAAACCGGUCUGAAUUGGACUGAUUUGACUUUCUAUAAAAGAAUUUCUACACAGAUGUUAAUUAAAUCUUACAUUUAGAUUCAAAAUGGCAUCCUUUACAUGGCCAUAUGUCACAUCAUCUCACGGGGGGGGGGAUACUGCCUGCAGCCCCACAAAUGACAACAAACAGUUACUGGAGAAAAUAAGUUGCAAAAAAAAAAAAAACUUGAUUUUGGCUAAAGUGAUCAACCCAGUGUCUGAACAUUUCUCGUUUUUCAGAUUUAUAAAAAUACGUUUUGGAUGGAUUUGUUUUUGUAAUAUUUAAGAACUAUUUAAGACUAUUUUAUGCAAGAAAAAAAAGGCACACACACACACACACACAAGCGUAAAGAGUCCAGUUAAAAAAUGUCCCCCGAGACCCUAAAAAUGUCGACUCUGUAAAGAUUUGUAAAUAUGUAACUGUACUGAUGCUUGUGAAUGUUGUGUAGUUUUAAUGACGGAGAGGUUUCUUUUGUACAUUGUAAUUUAUUGGCUGGUGUCCGUAUUGUUAUCUGGAAUUACAGAAACACCAAAGAAUAAUAUUAAUAAUAAUAAUAAUAAUAAUAUCAGUUUUGGUGAUGUAAAGAGCCCUUUUUUUUUGGUUCUUUUUUUGCAACUUUAUGUGGAAUUGUUUAUUUUUUUUUAAAUCUGUGCUCUGUAAAAGAUGAAACCAUCUACCUGGAUAGGCCGUGAAAUGUGAAAAAAGUCCCUCCGCUCGCAUGCCUUUUGUAGUGAUGUGUCUUUCAUAUUGAGGUGCAUGAUGCCAGUGGAUGGCAUGGAUUAAGGACAAAAAAGAGAGAUGAAUCAGUUAUGAAUGUCUUGAUGUUUCAAAUUUAAGUUACCACACAAAACUCUUGGUAUAUUUAAUAAAAACAGUCAGGAUGAACACAGUAA